GAUUAUCUGCGCUAGGCACCCCUGUGGGGGAGAUUAUCGGUGCUGGAGGCCACUGUGGGAGGAGUCCGGUGCACCGUGUCUAGCAUCUACUAUUAUAAAUAGGGCAUUGCUACCUCCGCCAGUCACAGCUGCGGUCUCAUCUCUCACUGCCUGAACCAGUCUGUGCGUGUGGCUUCCGUCUGUUCUUCAAGAAAAUGGCCGCCGUCUACUUUGUAUGCAGGAAUGUGGUACGCCGCUCACCCUCUAGCGACCGCAAUGACUCGUGGUUGCUAUGGGAACGGGAGAGUCGCUCUGGAGAUCUCGUUUGUGUAUUUCAGUUUAACGGAGCUUCUUUGUGAUCAUUUGGAGGUCGAUGCAGGAGCGUGACCAGGAAAAGAACACAAUGAGACAGUUAAAUAAAGACUCCUCUGGCCCGCCCAGCAGAUAUACUACCUGCGAUUGGUUUUACCAUGCACCUUCGAAACACACCGAGGACACAAGCAAAGUCGAUGCUCCCCCCACCUCACAAAUUCCAGGACUAAGUGACCUUGCAGAACCUCAUAAUGAGCUAAAAAGUGAAGGCCGAAAAAAAUGGAUUCAAGAAUCGGACUCUGAGUAUGUGAAACUGGCCAAACAAGGAGGUCGACCAGAUCUACUAAAGCAUGUUGAUCCUCCUGCGAAGAAAACACAGUCUGUCUCAUAUGCACCUCCCAACUGGUACAGCCACGAGCCUUUGACACCACCACCUGAAUCAGAUGUUGCACCAUUAAGAAACGUUCCAGACUACAUGAUCCAUGAAGAGUUUAGUGAAGAUAAAAAUGACGAGAAAUAUGAGAUGAGAAGAGGUCCAUUUGAUUUUGACAAGAAAACUGUUUGGCAGCGUGACCUGGAGGAAAAUGAAAAGGAGAAUCACUGUGACAAAAAGGUUAAACUGCCAGCAAUAGAUCCAAAAUUUAUGAAGGAUAACACUGGAAUUGCAUCCGGGAAAGGACUUCCUUCAACAAAAGCCAGGGAUGAAAAGCUUGGAAAGAAAUGUUUCUUUCCACCAAUGCCAGGAAAUAAAAGUGACUCUGUGAACAUUGGCAAAUUGCUAAGCAAUGGAUAUGGAGAUGAAUGGCAUCGUCAGCAUGAUGAACAAGAUAAAAACCUGUACAGAAGGCCACAAUGAAAGGUUUUGAGUAAAAACAGGAGGGGAAGUCCACGGUAUCUGCUAUAUCAACACAGUAGAAUUAAAACUGGAUGCUUAGAAAACUUAGAGAAAAGCAUGCAGAAUCUUAAUAAAUACGGAGCCAACUUUGAUUCAGCUCUUGUCAAACGAUACUGUCCAGUUUUAUUGUUCUUAGUGUAAUUAUUUCUCAUGUUGCUUUUCAGUGAGGUGAAAUGACUGCUUCAAGUACGAAUAAAAUAUUAAUAAAAAUAA